GCCACACAAACACUCUGUUUCGAUCCUUCUCCGCAUCGCGAGUUCGAAACAGAGUAGUGAACAAUGGAGACGACUCUCCUCCGUUUCUGCGUUAGUUUCUCCUGUCAUCCACACCACAAGAAAAUCUCCGCUCAUCACAGAGUCACCUGUGAGAUUCCACGAGAAUCCGAAGACGAGUGGUCUCCCAAAGUUUUGAGUAGAAGAUCGUUACUCGCAACGGUUUCUAGUUUAUCAUUAGUCUCCUCAACAUCUCUAGCCUUUCCAGGUGAAGGAUUAGCUGUCGUGAAACAAGGUCUUCUCGCCGGUAGAGUUCCUGGUCUGUCCGAACCUGAUGACGAAGGUUGGAGAACAUACCGUAGACCAGACGAGAAGUCAGGAGGGCAUGGUGUUGGUUGGAGUCCUAUUAUCCCUUACGCCUUCUCUGUUCCUCAAGAUUGGAACGAGGUACCUGUAUCGAUAGCUGAUCUUGGUGGCACUGAGAUUGACUUGAGAUUUGCUAGUCCUAAAGAAGGCCGCUUGUCUGUUAUUGUCGCUCCUGUUCUUAGAUUUGCAGAUAACCUUGGGGACAAUGUGAAGAUUGAAAACAUUGGAACACCAGCGAAGGUGAUCAACGCUUUUGGACCAGAAGUUAUUGGAGAAAACGUUGAAGGGAAAGUGUUAAGUUCAAAUGUAGCAGAACAUGAAGGUAGGCUCUAUUACCAGUUCGAGCUAGAGCCACCUCAUGUACUCAUCACUGCAACAGCUGCUGGAAACCGUCUUUACUUGUUUAGUGUCACUGGAAACGGGCUUCAAUGGAAGAGAUACUACAAGGAUCUUAAGAAGAUAGCUACUUCGUUCCGUGUUGUUUAGAGAGACAUAUACCAAAAAAGUUUUCUUUUUGAUCCAUGGGUUCUUGUACAAGUGACUCGAGAGUUUUAUGGAUGGAUCAGUCACGUACAUAAUGUAUUUUGUAUACACUUUGAAGAGUCUUGUACCUUAUACAGUAAACCAAAUACAAACAGUUCAACAUAACGGUCUUCUCUAUUUAGAUUCAUUAAGAAAACAGAACCUUGUUGUCUGUCUAUGGCCUUCAUUUGAGAGAGAUUCAUUUUUGUUGCAGUGAGCCAUUAGUCAUAGAUAUUGUUCCCUUUGGUGACUUACUUGCAA